UUGUUUGCAAUUGUUUUGGUUUUGCUCUACGGUGAAAGGAAAACGCAUGCUGCUGCACCUCACAACUCCAAUCCAUUCGAUUGUUCAACGCUAAUCAAGUCAAGAUGGACCAUAGUCCGCGUAUUAAGCAAGAGCCAGGAAUCGAUACGCAAUACUUAACAAAAGGAAACAAUAUAAUCGGCAAUGUUGCAGUUCCGAUGGAAGCAACGGUAAAACCAGAGCGCCUACAGUCUUUUCGUGUACCCCGCGAUCUUACCCUUGCCAAUGGUCGCACGACGAAGCCACCCAACAACAAAAAAGUCUACACCCCGAACUUAAAUGCAGUGAGGAACAAAAAUACCGAUGUAAAAACUGCAUCAACCGGUCCCAAAGGCCGAGCUAAGACUGAUCGCAACAGAAAUGAUAAAGAUGGAAGGAAUAAAAAGAACACCUUGAUCCAGACGUCUGGUAUCUUUUCGGAUGGUUUAGCUCAACGUGCUUUGCUCCGUACGUCCAGAUCAGACAAAUCUAGUUCCUCGAAAGAACCUGGGGACUCAAUUCAGAAACCCGUAUUCGCUAGAGGGAGCUCAAAAAUAGAUUUGGAAGAUGAACGAAAGCGAAUUCAAAAUCUUUGCGAAGACAUGGAUGAGGAAAUGGCGGAACUGGAUCAAAAAAUGGCAAAUGGGUUAAAACUACCAGUCGUGCUGGAAAACUCUGACUACAAAAUCAAACCACCGGAGGUAAAGAUGGAAAAUUUGCCUGAAACAAAGCUGGAUUCGUUUAAUUCGGUGGAAAACGUGUUAUCCGGUGAGCAAACAAACAAAAUCUUCCUUCUACAACUUCCGGAUGCUUUACCUGGAAAAUCCGACGAUGGAAACAAACGCCCAACCAACGGCGACGACAGCAAACCGGAAGCAACGGCAAAUGGUGAAGAAACGCCAAAAUAUUGUACGGUACGCGAUUUGGCAGAAGGUUACAUUGGUAAAAUAAUCAGGUACCGCUCGGGAAAGGUAAAAUUAAAGCUCGGAGAAAUCAUGUUUGACAUCAGCGUCGGUAUGGACACUGGAUUCUUACAGGAGCUAGUUUCUAUAAAUACUAAUUCAGUAGAACGGAAUGGUAACAUAAUUAACAUCAGCACUAUCAACACAAAGUUGAACGCAUCCCCGGACUGGGAAUAUUUAUUCAAGAAUUCUACAUGAAAUACACGAUCCUAGAUGGCAACCCUA